AGGUCUGAUUGGGAAGAAACCGAAGCAAAUAGCAAUAACUCUGAGAGUACAAUAGAAGAAAAACGCGUCGAAAAUAUAACGAUCUAUGUUGGUACUGUCAUAUCAGUGUGCCUGUUGUCAUUUGUUAGAGCGGUUUUCUGGUUUCAAAUCCUAACCAGUGCAUCACGACAUUUACAUGACGAGAUGUUUAGAACUAUUCUCAGAGCUCCGAUAUAUUUCUUUGACACAAAUCCUGUUGGUAAGUUUUGAUUAUAAAUCAUGUACCUCCAGCACUGCAUUGCUAUUUGAAUAUCUUGUUCCGUUAGGUAAUUCUGCAACAAUAGGCCGAAAAUUGACCGAAAGUUAAAAAUUGUUGCGCUGCGCGUUAUGAUUGUGUAUUAGCCAUUAUAGUGACUGUUCAGUAAUAAUUGGCUUAUACAUUAAUUUACUAUAAAAUGUCGUGAUGUUUGGUCGAAAAGUAGUGCGAGCAAUCAUUCAUUGGAGUCCUUAAUUGUGCUAAGGCCGUGAGACACACUGGAUGCGAUUCGACAACGUGGCGCGAUUUUUCAGUCUCUGGAUGUUAAUAAAACAGUCAAUGAAAAGACAUUUUAAAAGAUAUUUGGAAAACCUAAACCAGCAUCAAAGUUAUCGGUCAGUGAAAAUCGAACAAUCGCGUCGCGUUGUGGAAUCGCGUCCGUUGCGGCCAUUUUCAAUUUUCAACGACAUUUAACUUUAAUAUUUUUCUAUGUUUUUCAAAUAUUCGGAACCACUUAAGCAAUUUUAGCUAUUGGUCUGCAUAUCUUGUAAAAUUUUUAUCCGUUGACGGUUUUAUUUGUUUUUAAAAACUGAAAAUUCGCAUCGCGCGUUGUCGAAUCGCGUUCGGUCUGUAUGGCUGAUGUGUCGUUAGCAACUACGCCGCGACUUUUCAUUCCUCCUGGUGAACACAUCAUAUCCGGGUAUGACGGUUCGGGUAUUGCAUUAAGUUAUUCAACCAGAGCAAAAACAUGUCGGUUAUAGUCAAUUCAGCAACUAGCAGAGUUAAAGAAACUAAGUGUUAUUAAAUUCUGUUAAUUUAACUUUUAGGUCGCGUUUUAAACCGAUUCUCAAAAGACCUAGGCUUGAUGGAUGAUAUGCUUCCGUUAGCGUUCUUUGAUGCUUUUCAGGUUAGGAUGGAUAAUUUUCAUCUACAAAACUUCCUUAAGGUGGCCCCUUACAUUUGUCCCUAUUUGUUCAACAUCUCUGAAAUAUGCAGGCCUAUUAAUGCAGAUCGUGCAUUCUUGUCUACUUGGAGGCAAUAUCUACAACAAAAAUUUAUGUCGAGAAAUUCUGGUCUGCAAGACUGCAUGCAACUGACUAUCCUUUACAACAUCACCUACAGGGUUACGGGGUAUAUAGGUUGCAACUUGCAAUCCUGCUUUAUCGUGCGACGAAGCAAACCGCAAACGCCCAGGCGGACGUUCAUUUAUUACUCCGUCUGCAUGCGCAUUAGUCAUUCUUCUGUUGGUUUUCCAGAUAGGGUGUUAAAUUAUUCAUAGUUAUACCGGUACUGAAUAAACAGAAGGUCUGUGUUGCUGUGAACAACGUUUUUUUGGGAAUUGAGCCCAAACCACGUUUUGUAUAGUUUGCCAAUCGAGGCCUGUGUCACUGUGAACGCCUGAGCAGGCGUACGUCUUGUUAAAUAAAUAAAAGAAGAGCAUUUAGAAAUAUUUAAACAUUUCCGUACGUAUGAAAAACGCCUAACAGGAAAGCAGCCUUUACAGUUGGCCGUCGUGGUUCUUCUGGAUGGCGGUUCCGAUUUGUGUGAUUCAAAGUUGUCGUUCGUGCAGUUGACGGCCUCUGUUCCUGCGGUUUAAUGUUGUGGUUUGUACUGUUCAAGGUUGUGAAGGUGGUUGAUUCAGUUUAGGGUUGUGCACGUGGUUGAUUCAGUUUAAGAUAGUGGUUCGCUUAGUUGGUUGCCUCAUAGUUGGUUGGUUUAAUGUUGUGGUUUGUACGGUUUAAGGUUGUGAAGGAGGUUAAGUUAGUGGUUUGUGUAGUUGGCGGCCUGUGCUUUAAUGUUGUGGUUUGUACGGUUCAAGGUUGUAAAGAUGGUUGUGAAGGAAGAUUCAGUUUAGGGUUGUGGUUGGUUUAGUUAAGCUAGUGAUUCGUGUAAAUCACAUCGUGUCAUAUAUACUGUAGUGUGUAUGUGCAUACUAUAUAUGACAAAGUUUUUUAUUUUUCAGCUCACCGUCUUUGGUUUGGCAAUACUUCUCAUCAGUGUGCUUUCUCAGCCUUAUAUUGCUGUUGUCGUUGUACCAAUCAUUGGCGUCUUCGUUUGGUUAAGACAGUAUUUCGUUAAGUCAUCCAGAGAAAUCAAGAGAAUUGAGGCCCUAAGUAAGUCACUAUUGCUUCGUUGUAUAGUGCCAUUCGUAACAUGACCUAGUUCUUUUAAAUGUGGCACAUUUCUUUUACAAACUAAUAGAUUCAAAGUUACACUUACCAAAACACUUAUUUAGUGUAUUACCAAAAUUGCAAUUCUGUUUGAUUUAGCGCCAUGUACCAUAACACUCAGAUUGCCCAUAACAUUGUCUUGUUACGCGUAUACAUAAUGAGUGACGUCAUGCAUACAUAAUGAGGGACGUCAUGCAUACAUCAUUAGUGACGUCUGCAUACAUAAUGUGCACAUAUUAUUGUGCAUAUUAAUGAGAACUCCCCUUCCAUCCCCUAGAAAAGUCGCUCGAUCGAUACCGAUAUUACUACUCUUUUCAUUUACAUUUCAGGUCGUAGUCCUCUAUAUUCUCAUAUCUCUGCAACCCUUCAAGGAUUAGCAACUAUCCGUGCUUCUGAAGAGCAAAAUCAGUUUCAUGAGAUGUAUAAUAAGUAUCAAGAUUGUAAUACGUCGGCAAGUUAUUAUUACUUAGCUGCCAAUCGUUGGUUGGGUUAUAGACUUGAUAUAAUUUGUGCAAUAUUGAUGACAUUUGUCGCUUUUGCUCCUUUUAUUGCGUAUGAGACCGGAUUAGGUAAGUUUAAUUUUAUUAACUUCGCUCUUAUAUAGUUGUGUCCAGUUACUAGGGGGUUCCCCUUAUAAUUUUCUUUCAGUUAGGAAAGUGAACCCACGUCUCGCAAUUAUUUAUUGAAAUUGUACAGUUUAGAAAGUUUGAUGAGGUAAAAUACGUGAAGAAGUUUUUGAAUUGAUGAUACUUGUACAGUAUCUUCCACCGUUGUUGGCACUGACAUACUAUAUAGUUGGGUUGACUAGAGUAGUUAGUUAACUGUUUAUAUUAAUGCUGCAAGUAUCAUUUUAUUAACGCGCGAACACGAGUUGCUUCUAAUAAAAGGUCGCAGAAAUAAGUAUCUCAAAAGUCGCAAAAAGGCGCAACUCUCAACUGCGUGGUGGAAUACAAUGUAAGGAACAUUGCAGGGGGGGGAAGGCUUCGGGCAUUGUAGGGGGGAUUCGGGCCAUGCUUCUCCGAAAAAAGACCUAUUUACACGCAAGCAAGAGCUAUUGAGCAAUGCAGACGGCAGAAAUGAGUUCCGUUGAGAAUACCGAAAUACCUCACGAUGAAUGUGAAUUUCCACUCGUCUUUACCGAUAAGGGUAAAUACAAAUGGCAAGGCGAUUUUGCAGCUUUACAGAAGUUUACCGAAGAAGUUUUAAAGAUGAAAGGCAAAUGGUCAACUCCUGGUGGAAAUGCGAAGCUUCUAAAAACCGAAGAGCUUGCACUACGCUGGUACCGCUCGAGCAAUAAUAUAACGAUAAAUGGGUUAAAAGCCGAAGAAAUAGGAAAACAACUUGAAUUGUAUGCGACUAAAUGCAACGAAUAUCACAGAAAAUCUCGACGAGAACCACCUUUACUCGAACGAAAUUGGAAUUCAUCCAACAACGAACGACCAGGCAUGCAAGACGCCAUAUCUAAUCAACAAUGAGCGACUCUAUUCCCUUGAGGACACCGUUGAAAUUUUAAAAGCUCAACUAAUCUUAUUAAAGUCUGAACUUCAAGACCAACGAUCCGGAGUGCCGAAAGUAAUUAACGAAGCCCACGUAGAAUGCCUUCGCCAAGAAAACAGCCAAUUAAGAGAAGAAAAUGUAGCCUUGAACGAAAGGCUAAAAUGCUAAAUAACCUUGGUUCUGUCCUUUCUGAUCUGAACACCAAACUAAAAACCUCUGAGGAAGAAAAGGCUAGCCUCUUAACUGCCAUCCGAUUGUUGCCGACGGACAUUGAAACUGGCUGUAAAACGGCGCUGAACCAUCAAAGUCAGAUCACUCACAAGGAAGCCAAUGCUAUUUCUAAAGGAAAUAAUACUAAGACGGCGCUAGAAAGGAAUCCUGUCGCCCAUGGCCCUAACCUAGAUCAUAUCUUGGGGUCAAAUCGUUAUGCUCCGUUGUUUAUUGAGGACACCGUUGAGGAAUCAGAGCCCUCGAAGGAGAAAACACCAUAUUCAAUUAAUGCAAAUGGUAAUCAAAUGCGACAUAAUACCGUAUGUAAACCAACAAAAACAACUCUCGGUAAUCAAGACUCGGUAACAAUACUCGGGGAUUCCAUGGUAAAACGACUAGAUGUAUGACGAAUACGGCAAUCUGUAGGAAACAUGCAUCGGGGGCAUGCAUCGAAGAUAUGGAUCACUAUGUAAAACCAACAUUAAACAAGAACCCGAAAGAAGUCAUAAUCCAUGCAGGAACAAAUAACAUUCCAAGAGACGAACCUGAGGAUAUUGCAAGUAAGACUGCCAAACUAGGUGAAUAUACAGGGUGUCUCAGGGGCGGAUCUAGCUCCUGACGUGACUGAUGCAUACAUAAGACCUCGCAUUUGUAGGGGUGUCCGAGGGUAUCCUCCCCCGGGAAAUUUUGAAAUCUAGAACCUCGGAAAUGCGAUUUCCUGCGUUCUGAGCAAACUCUUUUGUUCCAAUUCAUAUAUCAGAGUCACAAAAUUAUUUGCUGCAUUUUUGGAAAGCACGUAAAAAACUUGAACCUAUAUCGCAAAAACAACAUAGUUUCUCCAUAUUACAUAUAAGAAAAAAUAUUCGCUUGUACAAGUGUUAUAGCAGUAGCGGUACAUAAGUCUCUAUCCAAAAAUAGUCAGUACUGUGCUUCCUGUAGCCUUAACUUUUCUAUUGCAAAACAUUUCGGCAAAAAAUCACGACAACGCAAAUACACACAUACGUGUAACAAAGGUGUAUACAGUGUGAUCCACUAGUUGCAUUGUUGGACUCAAAAGCGGACAGUGUUAUUACGUUUCUUAACCACCUUCCCUUAGGCUUAUUAAUUUCCACUAAUUUCCAAUGUUCCAUGAGUAAAAUCUUUUAGCAUUAGAAGGGUGCUAGUUUCAUAUUAAUCUGACACUGCAAUCGAGCAACGAAAAAUUCGUUGGCUCGAGCGAACGAAUUUUUCGUUGCUCGAUUGCAGUGUCAGAUUAAUAUGAAACUAGUUUUUCGUAUCUCUGAGGAUGGUUCUGAAUCAGAAUGGUGCAUAAAGGUAUUUUGUGCUCUAGUGGGUAAACUUAUUUAUAUACAACUCUGUCUUAUAUGCUGCUAAUCGUACUCUGUGUGGACAGUGUUGUUGGCAUCAGUAUGUCAAUUUUAUUCACCCCCUAGCAAUAUAUGCCUAUGAUAUGAACUGCAUGGUGACUAGCCCACACUCUAAAUUACUGAGAAUAUUGCCCUGUCACCAGGAAACCAAUAAACUAACACACAACAAGCACUGAGUUUUAAAUUAAAUUCUAUAAGUAUAACUAGGUACACAUGACCCCAAACGUUAAAUCAAUAGAUAUAUAGUGAUAGCCUACUGUGUGGAAAUUGAUUUAAUGAACUAUCUUAGUUGAAAAUUGUUUGUCAAAUGAACCUACCAAACUGUACAAUGAUAAACAAUGUAUCAUGACAUAAUUGAAUCAUCAGAUGUCUUCUAUCAGUCCCCUUUUGCCUGCCUUUCAACUAAUAUAUUAAUAUAGUACUCUUUUAAGAUGAUGUCAAUGUAGAAAGGCUGCGCAGUAGUAUUGAUCAAUAUUUUCCCUGUGUUAUUAUAUAAAUGCACAUCUUCGUCAAAUAUAUCCAUACACUUAUCAAUGGUAAUCAUCAGGGUGCCAUGCUGGCUAUCCAAAACAUAGUAUUGGGAGAAUUAGCACUACAAAUAUAUAUAAUUUAAUUAAAUCUAUACCACUUUUGUGAGCAAAUUUCAUAAUUAUAACCUAUAUACACCAGUUACAGUUAUAUACAGUAUUUAUACCGUCCAUCAUUUUAUCAUUCUAAGAUUAAAAUUUGUCAAGAGAAUGACAUAUACUGCUUAUAUCAAAUUAUAUUUGCACCGACAAAGCAUAUGUACCUAACUAUGGUAGGCGAGCAAGCCCAGGUAAUGAUCUUUGUUUGCAAAAUAUCCAGUGUACAGUAAUUGCCCAAUAACUCAGGUAAUGCAAAGCAAUUAGACUCUUGUCAUGAGGCAUGCCAGCUCAUUUCCAUAUGAAAUGAAAAUGAAAUGUAAUAGGAGAUACCUCUGGAAGUUGCAACUUGAACCAAUUACCUUUCAUGUAAACUCCCCCUUAGUUUGGCACGUGGCACAAACUAAGCUUCCUGAUUGGACAAUUUGAAUUUGAGGUAUAAUAUUCAAUUUUAAUUCCCUCUUUGGAAUUGUUUAUGUUUCGUUUUCGAUGCAAUUCCCAACGGUGGAAGAAUGUGAUUUCGACCGGCAAUUUUUAUUUGACGAGUAUGUGGCCAUUUCUCAUCGUUACGACUUAAAAAGAGUAUCAUUGAAAAGCUAAAUAACUGUUCUUUCGUCCUAUGUAAAAAUUGAAUUGUUUAGCCACGUUUAUGAUGCACUGUCGACAGCCUGUUCCGUAGCGUUUUUUUUAGAUACCCUGUAUAGAACGUACUUCCAAUGCUAAAGUAAUUAUAUGUAUAGGUUAUUUUGAGUCAACGAGGGGAUAUGUGAUUUAUUCACCGAGGCGCGCUGCGCCGAGGUGAAUAAACACAUAUCCCCGAGGUGCCUCAAAAUAACGUACUUAUUUUUCACACUGCGAGGUCGCGUUAAUGAGUCGCCAUAUUGCCUUCGCGAUGUUGUUUUUUCUCAUUUUUUGUGCUGCAAAGACAUUGCAGGUGAAUAUUAGAGGGGAUUAUUAAUUGCAGGUGAAUAUUAGAGGGGAUUAUUAAACGGAAAUUGAUUAGAGGGGAAUAUUGAAUAUAUUUCCCGACAAGAACAAAGGAAACCGAGCAGGGUGAAAAAUAACUAGUAUAAUUAUUCGAAGUGACGAUCUCCUAAAUAGUAAAAUAGAAGCAACCAAUAGUGUGCUGCAUAAGCUCUGUACAACCCGAAAGUGGCGUUUUAUUCAACAUAACAAUAUUAGCAAAACUGACUUAAAUGCAUCUGGCCUGCACUUAAGUGCCAGUGGCACGUCUCUCCUAGCUAAGAAUUUAAUUGCAUGCAUAAUUAAUAAUUGACUAAACGUUGGGUGCAAUGCUAGUAAUACUAAUAUCUUCCUAUCUCCAAGCCACCAUCUCGACCCCAGACUUAAUAAUACGAAAACUACUGCAGCAAAUCGAUGCAUAAAGAAACCAAUAUUGCAGAACCAACCUAAUGCCAAGCAAACAUGCUUAAUUCCAAAGAUUCGAGGCUUUAAAAUGGCAAAUCUUAAUACUAUCAGCCAGUGCCGUAGCAAGCUCGAUAAUGGAAGAUAUUCAUAUAUUCGUGUUCUGCGUUACUAAUUUCUUUAGAAAUCGAUUGUUUUUAUGGUCUGUGAACACGAAUGUACGAAUAUCUGCCCCCCCCCCAAUUAUCGAGCUUGCUACGGCACUGUUAUCAGCCUAGUUAAGCAUAUCGAUGAGUUGAAAAUACACAUGUAUGAACAAGAACUUGACGUCUUAGGUAUAAAUGAAACAAGACUUGACUCUGACUACCCAACAGAUCUCAUCUCUAUUGAUGGCUAUACAUGGAUUGCCAAAUGUAGGAAUAGAUCAGGAGGGGGUGUGGGGGUCUAUAUUAGAAAUACAAUAAAUUUUCACGAAAUACUCGAUUUAAACAACAACGAAAUUGAAACUCUUACCAUUGAAAUUCUAAAACCUAAAGUGAAACCGUUUCUCAUAACCACCUGGUAUAGACCACCAAAUUCACCUACUGACAAACUCAAGGAAUUUGAAAAACUACUGCAACAUGUUAAUUACGAGGACAAAGAAAGUAUCAUAAUGGGAGAUAUUAAUAUUGACCUUGCUAAGGACUCAACCGAUGCCAACACAGUAGAACUGAAAUUUCUUAUGGACUUAUUCCAAUACAACCAGAAAAUUAAUGAACCUAUCAGACUCGCAGACUUUAAUCGACCAUUUUUACACGAAUAAAUGCGAUUUUAUUACUUCAGCCGGAGUUUCAAAAAUAACAAUUAGUGACCACUAUCUAGUACACGGUGUUCGUAAAUUUCGAACCCUUAAAGGAAAUAAUAAUAUCUUAGAAUAUCGUGAUUUUAAGCGUUUCAGUGCUGAAGCUUUUGGGCAAGACCUUAAUUCCCUUGGUUCACUUAAUCUUGAAGAUUGUAAUGAUGUUAAUAAAGCGUGGCUUAAGGUUACAGGACACCUUUUGUGGCGUUUCGCGGAGAAUCGCUACUACGCGCUUAUUAAGCGUCCGAUUUUUGUCAAAUUUUCACCAAAUGUUUGCCAGGGCAUGCAGAAUAUAAUAAAGUUGUCAAAUUGACAAACCAAUAAAAUAAUCCAAGAAUUACUCCGGAAAAUUAAAAAACUCGGUACCUUCACGUCUUUGAGUUGUUCUCCUGUCGGUUUUAAGAUAUAUUUUCGAAAAUAACAUUUUUGUAGAGCUAAAUAGUUGUUUUAAAAAAACGUGUUCGGCUUUGUUUAGCUUUUUCGCCGUUCGUUUGAUAUAUUGAUUUCUUUGAUUAUUACAAUAUAUUUCAAAUUAUGUUGACUGAAUUGCUCGUAAUUCACUAAAUAUCCAAAAUUAAAACAAAGCCGAACACCUUUUUUAUGCUGAAGUCAUCAGCUAUGCGCUGUGCAAAUUUUAGAACAAUCGGUUACAACGCACAGGAGAACAACUGGCUUGAAAAUCAGUAAUUACCGCAAAAAUAGUCCCGAGAAAAUUGAAUUUCAAUAUUACAUUUUCAAUGUUGUUUAUAUUGCAGAGAAAUGUAUUUUACUAAAUAACUCCGCGAGUUUUCAACAUUUUUCUUUCAAACUUGGUCAGAUAUUAGAAGUGGUCUAAAGCUUUUAUGAAAGCCAAUAAAAAAAAUUUGGGCCAAUUUAACACUCAAAGGUGUCCUGUAACCUUAAGGUGGCUCGCUACAGUUUAUAGAAAUGUUGAAAAUGCGUUAACUAGAUCACCUUUUUGAAGAGAUGAUGCUCUUUACAAAUCGAAAUUUGUAUAUUAUAUAUACAGCGACAAUCAAACAGUCGAAAAUUGGUCAGAAAAGUGACGUCACCACUGUUGCUAUGGCAACAAUGACGAUUCAAGAUGGCCGAUAUUUUGGCUUUGAACGCAUUUUACUUUAAAAAAAGAUCGGUUACCCCCAUUUUUUAUUUCAGAAAACAUUUUCUUAUAGUGCAAUGCACUAUCUGACCAAUUUUAAAAAUUCUGUAAUGCAAAAAAAAAUUAUUUCGAAAAACCAUAUUUAUAAAUUUUUUAAAAAUUUGGCAUUACAGAAUUUUUUUAAAAUUUGUCAGAUAGUGUAUUGUACUAUAAGAAAAUGCUUUCUGAAAUAAAAAAUGGGGGUAACCGACCUUUUUUUAAAGUAAAAUGCGUUCAAAGCCAAAAUAUCGGCCAUCUUGAAUCGUCAUUGUUGCCAUAGCAACAGUGGUGACGUCACUUUUCUGGCCAAUUUUCGACUGUUUGAUUGUCGCUGUAUAUAUAAUAAACUAGUAUAACAAAAAGUUAGUGAAAUUGCUGCCGUACGUGUAUUCGCAUUGCAAACUUGCGAAAAAGUUGGCGCCUUGAUUACCUUAUGUUUGACAUGAAGGCCUGGUUACCAAUCGCGUCUCAACAUCAGUACUAGCCAGUGCGCUAAGGGCUCGUUCAGACUGAGUGCCCGGUACGGAUGCCCAAUGUUCAAAAUGGUUCACAAAACAUGUUGAGCACAGUGCCGUUGUUGAGUACUACCUCUAGAGGUAGUGCCCUUUCUUGGGCACAGUGCCCAAUUUCAUUUGGAAGCAUCAUGUUCAAACUAGGCGCCAAAACAAGUGACAGGCACAAGUGCCGGGCACCCAGUCUGGACGCAGCCUAAGAGGCAUUCACCCCCUGAUAACAUUCAAAAUGGCGGACCUCCAUAAAUGCACUGGGUAGGACCAUGUGGCGUCAGCAUUUUGAUGACAAAUCAUGUGGUAGCAUCAUGUGGCAGCUGCAAUGCUUUGCAGGUAAUUCACAACCAAAUUUGUUAAUUGUUCUGAAUAUAGUACUAAUAUAGUGAUGGGUUGUAGGAGGUAUUUGAGCAGUUGUAAUGAAAUAACUUUGCAAUACUCUACCAAUAAAAAGUUAUAUAUUUGGCCAGCCUACUAGCCAUAGGCUCUCUCUCGCACACACUAUGCUUGGUUCAUAGGGGUACAAAGGGGUACUUGUGGGUCAGUGGCGUGCUGGCAGGGGGGGCCGGGGGGCCACGGCCCCCCCCAGCUGGCAAUUUUUGGGGGGUGCAAAAAUGAAAAGGGGGCGUCGAUCCCGCGCCGAAUUUUGAAAGUAGGUGGGAAGAAACGCAUUCGAAAAAAUAUAGUUGCUAAUUCGGCCAAGGAAAGAUGUGUUUAUUGACUUAUAAACAGACUAUUAAGCGCAUAGGCGACAAAGUGAGUAUAUUAAAUUGCAGACUAUUUUGUCUAACCGUAUUUGCUACCUAACGACUCACACGAAAUCACUCGUUCAUAUAGAAACAUGAUCAUUGAUCACACGCAGUGUGAUCUUACCGGAAUAUUGAUCAGGCUUCGAAGCGAUCACGGGAAUUAUGCCCUUUUUUGCUGGUAUUAUACCCUUAUAUUAUGCCCUUUAUUAUGCUUCACGAAUCACGAGAGCGGCGCAAAUUAGAUAGUUGAAGUUAUGACAAUGUAAAGUUGUGCAUGCAAUUUAGUUGUUUGCGCAAGAAACAUUAUGAGUAAUGUAAGUAAUCAGAUAAUGAUGAAACACGCCCUUUUGGCAGCCAGGCAAGGAAACCUUAAAAUGCAUAUGCGUGGGGUCCGUGUGUUAUUGUAUAAAAGAGCUGUAAGUUGUAAAUGUAUUCAGAUCAGUAGAGAAUAAAAUUGGGAUUAGAUUAAUUCCUGGAAGUAGUUAGCAUUGCCCAAUUUAAUAGUGCUGCUACUAAAUUCUAACCAAUUUUCAAAUUUCGACACGUUGUAAUGCCGUUUCCUGACCAUCAGAUUUCUGUCAAAUCUUCCCCCAAAGUCCAGGAAAUGGCAUUUCAGAGAGUCUAGAUUCAAAAAUUUUCCUGGGGGGCAUGCCCCCGGACCCCCCUAGAACAACCUCGCACCUGCGGCGCUCGGCUCGUGCCUUCGGCCCUCGUUUAUCAAGGGUAAUAUUAUAGGGCGCAUAUUAGUUGCCAGCCGACUGGCCCCCCCAGUAAAAUAGUACCCAGCACGCCACUGUUGUGGGUUAUUACCCAUUCUAAUAACAAGUAGGUUUAACUACUGACAUGUAAUUUUAAUAGUUUGUUUGGCCAAGUAAAACAGUGAAUGCAAUGUUUUAAAGUUAAUAUCUCAUUUAUUUCAAAUGUCAAUUGUCAAACACUCAAACCGUGUAGACAAAUUACCAAAUAUUGUAAACAAACCAAAUACCGUAACCUCCGAUUAUAAGCCCUGGGCUUAUAUAAGUUCGUAGGCGUUUGUUGAUGGGUUUAUACAUGGGGUGGGGGGUAUAUGCAGGGGCUCACAUCAACAUAUUUAUAUGAUCGAGAAAAGAACGUCUGAUGCCAAAAAUAUAGAUCAUUGCUUCUCACACUAUAACUACAGUAUUAAAAUGUGCACCAAUUCAGGCACGAUAUUGCUCAAUUGUUACCCCCAUUAAACCAAAUGCAAUAUAUUCUAUCACUGCCACUUGAUCUAUCAGCAGCAGUAUUAAAUAGAGGUCUGUAAUAUUUGCAGUUUUAUAUAUAUACUGUAGCUCUGAGUCACGUGAUACCUUCGUACAGUGGCUUUCGUUUGUUUUGAUGGCAAUUGGCUCUCGUGUUCUGUUUGUUUGUUUACAAUUGAUGCAAAUUUUAUUUGAGUUGCCUGUUGCCACACCGUGACCAACAUGCGAAGUGUCUGAUAAAUAUAUUGAUCAGCUACAAGCGUGAACACAAUGAUUCUCAACACCAAAUAUGCACUGUCAGAUUUAUAAAAUCGAACGCGAGCCUAUACAAAUACAAUAGAAGAACAAAUCGUCAAAUCUCCUGAAAAUUUUUCUUAAACUAAAAGGAUCGUAGAUAAUACUUUGAUCUUACCUUACAAAUGACUUUACAUGAAGAUAUAAUUCUUAAAAAUCGCAAUAUUUGCUAAAUAUACUUGCCAACUUGUAAGUUUCGCCCUCGUGCAAAAUCUUGGCAAGUCCCGAAGAGCAGCCGGUAGCUUCCGUAAAGACCCGUGGAAUAUCUUCUACGUCACAAAACGUCAUAAAACUGAACAUCCAAACAUUGUUAAAUCCAAUUCAUUGUCGCAUUCAUAUAGCUCGGUAAAGAGGUCUGGGAACAAAUCACAAGAAUAGGAAGCUGCCUGCGGCAGCAAAAAUUUCGAUUUGUAAAGAGCAUCAUCUCUUCAAAAAGGUGAUCUAGUUAACGCAUUUUCAACAUUUCUAUAAACUGUAGCGAGCCACCUUAAUUGGAAAAGUAAUUUCACGAAAAUCAUUGACAAACAUGUACCAUUAAAAAAACGCAGACUAGGCAAAACAAGAGCGCCAUGGAUAAAUUAAAAUCUCUUGACCAAUAAAUGGCGAAAGAACAACUUAAAGAGGAAAGCUUGUAAAACAAACAAUCCAAAUGACUGGGAGUCUUAUAGAAUUGAAAAAAAUCAGUAUAAUCGACUGAUAAAAAUACAAUCAAGACUUACUACACAGACGAAAUUAGUAAUAACAAAGGCAAUAUAAAAAAACACGUGGAAAAGCAUAAAUAAACUGAUAAACAAACAAUCGAAAACUUCCCAUGUAGGUCACUUUAAAAAUGAAAAUAAUGAAGAAGUACAGGACAAGGAUAUCCCAAAUGCCUUUAUAACAAACAUUUCAUAGAAGUUGGCCAGCGACUGUCUCGGAAUAUUCCUAUAACCGACAAACAACCUGAGGCCUACAUUAACGUUUCAAAUGCUCGUUUCCAUUUCCAAGAGGUAUCCCAACAAGAAAUACUCAAUCUUUUAUCGAAUAUUGCCACAAAUAGGGCAACAGGUCCAGAUAAAAUAUCUGCUAAACUUGUAAAAGUAGCAGCACCAAUUAUAGCAAACCAUUUAACUAUCAUAUUUAACAAAUCGUUAUCAGAGGGUACAUUUCCACACGACUGGAAAAUCUCCAAAGUCACGCCAAUUUACAAAAAUGGACCCAAACAUGACAUGAAUAAUUAUAGACCAAUAUCAGUGAUCUCAACUAUUGCUAAAGUUCAUGGAAAAGGUUGCUCAUAACCAACUCUAUUUAUAUUUACAAGAUGAGAACCUAUUAUCUACCUCUCAACAUGGUUUCAGACCUGGUCAUUCCACUGUAACUGCUUUACUAGAAAUCACUGACAGGCUAUAUCAUAAUAUUGAUAUUGGUGUGCGGAAUGGAGUCGUCUUUCUUGAUCUCAAGAAGGCGUUUGACACAGUUAAUCACCAAAUACUAUUAAUAAAAUAAACUUAACUGUUACGGUAUAACCGGAACUGCCCACAAAUGGUUUGCAUCAUACUUAUCCAAUCGCUCAUAGCAUUGCCAGGUAAAUGGAAAUAUUUCUAAAGAGUCAAGCAUGAUUAGUGGAAUACCACAGGGAUCAAUUCUUGGUCCCCUGUUAUUCCUACUGUAUAUAAAUGACCUCCCUAAUUGCUUAAAUAGUGUUAAGUGUAACAUGUUUGCUUAUGAUACCGAAAUUGAUACAUCUGGCAAUGACAUAAAUACUGUUACAAACGCACUAAAUAAUGACCUAAAAAAUGUAUCUGACUGGCUGACCGUAAACAAACUCAGUUUAAAUACUAAGAAAACUGAAUAUAUGAUUAUAGGAUCUUAUCAAAGGCUAAAUUUAAUAGAAACAGAUCCUCCAAUCUAUCUCGGCACAGAAAAAAUCAAACGAGUUAAAAAGAUUAAGUCAUUGGGUCUAAUGUUAGAUGAGACGCUAAGUUGGAAUGAGCAGGUUAACGCAAUAACAACUAAGGUAAAUAGAGGUUUGAAUGUACUAAAAGGAUUAAGAGAAUUCUUAGACCUUGAAACUUUACUAAUUGCUUAUAAAACAUUAGUGCAACCUUACUUUGAUUAUUGUUCACAGGUAUGGGGCGGCCUCGGCUCCACACUUUCUGAUAAACUGCAGCCGGUUUACAAAACAGAGCUGCACGCAUGCAUUAUCACUAAGUGUGGAUAUGAUGUCCGCUCCUGUGUUCUUCUACAACACCUAAACCUUGACAAUCUGGAGACUCGUAGGAACCAACAAGUUGCUACACUAAUGUUCAAAGUUAGAAAUUCAAUGGUUCCUCGCUCCAUAUCAAAUUUAUUUCAAAGAACCGAUGACGUACACAAUUACGAAACGAGACAGGUGCAAAAUUAUUUUCCACCUAAACCAAGCACUAAUUUCAAGAAAAAAUAAUUUAGUUACAGGGGUGCGGUGGCUUGGAAUAGUUUACCUUGUGAUCUUAAAAGAUCUCAAACCAUCCAAUGUUUCAAAAAUAAGCUUUAAUUGCAACGAAAGUAAUAAUAAUUUUUAUAUAUACGGCCUAUUGGAAGAUCACUCAUUUUGUUUUCUCUCUGUAUAUAUUUAGUUAGUUUAAUAUUGUGAAAUAGCUCCGUAUUGAAAUAAAGUUGUAAUAGUAAUGCGACUAGUCGUAUGCGAUUGUCAUUCUGGCGUAUAAAACGACUGCUGACGCCACUAUUUCCUGUUCAUCAGUUUAUGGCGAUAUAUUAAAUGUGACAUCUUUACACGCAUUUAUUCGAGCAUAUACUCCAGGAUAAGAAUCGUAACGACCAGUGGUAUCGUGUAUAGAAGGGUCUUAAAGUCUCUGCAACACCGUUUCCUCAGCCUGGUUGUUCAAAUGCGGAUUAGCUUAAUCCUGAGUUAACGUAAAAUUCGAAGAAAACGUCCAACAAUUUGUUGGAAACAUUUUUUAGAGAUCUUGUCUAGAUCAUCCGAAGUUUAGUUUUCUGUAAAGUUCUGAAAUAAACAGACGAGCAGAAAUACAUAUACUGUAAACCAAAACAAUGGGUCAAAUUUUAACCCUGCGUUAGUGCUAACCGUGCUUUGAACAACCAGCCGCUGGAAAAGGGCACCAUAGGGAGCCCAAGCGUUGAUCUGUGUUUUAAUUUAAUUAUUUCACUACAUUACACUAAUAUGUCAUAUAAUAAUAAUAAUACUCCUAUAGUCGAACAUAUAAUAACAACAUAUAAGUUGAUUUGUAUGUUUUUUAUUUAUUUAAGAUCUAUUAUUAGCUUAUAUAAAAGCACCGCCUUUCGAACCUGACAGCCCGUUCGCAGGAUACACGCUAAUAUAUAAGCUAAUAAUAGAUCUUAAAUAAACUGAAAAAUCAACUUAUAUGUUGCUAUAAUAUGUUCGACUAUAGGAGUAUUAUUAAUAUUAUAUGACAUAUUAGUGUAAUGUAGUGAAAUAAUUCAAUUAAAACACAGAUCACCGCUUGGGCUCCCUGUAUUCAAACCAGAGAAAGAUGGCACUGUGGGUGCGGGCAGGUACCGGUGCCACCAGCUUAUAAUUAUUUGUGAUAUAAACACAUCUGUAAAAGAGAUACUCCCCUUUUUCACCCCCCCCCCACUGCUAACUUCACCACCGCUACCCAGGCCCGCUUGUGCCCCAUGUUAGAAUUCCAGGACUACAUCACUAAUUUCAAGUUGUGUGUUAGGCGUGAAUCCUGUUCUCGUUGGUUUAUCGUUACUCUAUACAAAACGUCUUACUGAUAUGUUCCAAUUUUGUGUCAGACAAACUGCUGAAGUUGAAAAUCAGGUAAUGACAUGACUAUCGUUCUAUAAUGUGGCAGUGCAAAGGUCUAGAAAUGUAUUAAAGUAUUUACACUCGAAAUUUCCAGGUACAAAAACUCUUCUACAAUUAGUUCUAUCAAGUGAGAUAUCCAAAAAUCCUGAUAUUUAUCCAUACACGUUACACUGGACAUUUAUAUAAAGUUUCAUGCAUGCAUGUGCAACUAUAUCCAAACGAUGUGACCAGUUCUUUUUACAAAACAUUAUGGGGGCGGAGUCGUAUACAUUUACAUUAUGUAAGCAAAUAUUUUGAUGUGUACCACAGUUCGAUGAAAGCGAAGUAAACAUGUUCUCACAAUGCACCUUUAACUUAUAAAGAAACUGAUAACAGGGGAUAUUUGCGCUUGUUUGCAACCAAAUUGCCUGCGGAGGAAGAUACUCUGUGGCUACUUUUUAGACAACACAGGUCUAUAACCGAAAUUGUAUUACAAGUUCCAAAUUGUAUUGCAUGCUUCGUGUAACUUGGCCUUAUUUAAUGCUAUAUUGGUUUAAGAGUGUAUUUAUCUCGUAUUCAGAUGGUGUCGGUAGAACGAGUGCAGCAAUACACCCAAAUCGAAUCUGAAGCAGAGCUAGAGGAAUUAACUGGUAAACCAGCAGAUGCCUGGCCACAGCAUGGUGAAAUUAUUGGUGAGACUGUUGUAUUCCGUUACCAUUCCUCUCUUCCACCAGUCCUGAAAGGCAUCAAGUUUCGUAUUAAACCCAAAGAAAAG